CUUCAUGAUUGUUAUUUAUUGCCAUUUGUUUGCGCUGAAGUUUGUCUCCUAAUCAUCCAUGCAUAGUGUGUUUUGUAAAUUUUUCCGUGAUAAACAAAAAGAAAAAAUAUUUUUUUUAAAUUAAUUUUUAAAUCGCCCCCUCGGAAAUUCGAAAAAAAAAUAAAGUUCCUUUUUUUUGGGAUUUUUUUUUUACAAACUUUGCAUAUAUAUAUAUAUAGGUCAAGAAAAAAAAAUAUGCCACCUUUUACAGUGACACUAUUUGCUAAUUUUAUUUAUAUUGUGCAAUAUAAAGUUUAUUUGUGCGCGAAAAAAGAAGAUUAAUAUAUAUUUUUCCAAAUUGGCAAAAUUUAAGGUUAGGUUGCGCCAAACACUUGCGCGGAGAAAAAAAUAAAGAGAGGUUAUUUUCCCGCAAUAUAUAUAAAAAUUGCGGUCACGUUUAUUUUUAAAAAAAGAAACAAUUUAAUUAAAUUUUUUUUUAUCGGAAAAUAUAAUUUAAAAAAAAUGGGGUCAAUGAGUUUAGUUUGUCCAAUGUGUUGCGGUGAAACAUUCACUAGUUCACAAUCAUUGAAAUAUCAUUUGUUGAGUAUGACGGAUAAUUUAUAUUGUCCAGGAUGUUCGGAAAGAUCUGAUUCGGUUUUGGCGUUAAUUGAACAUUUAGAUUAUUGUGGACAACCUGAUGGUGAGGCGAAAUUAAAUUCAAAGAGAAAAACACAAAAGGAUGCCAACAAAUGUCAACUUUUAAUGAAAGAAUUACAAUCUUCGGAGGAAAAAAAAGAUAAAGAAGUUAAAAAUGAUGACAAUAAAUCGCAAAAGGAAGUAAUAUCAGCAAAAAAGGAAGAAAAAGAUAAAACAAAGAAAGUGCCAAAAAUUCAAUCGACAUCGCAAGUGAAAUUAAAAAAAAUUGAAAAAGUCUUUGUAAAAAUUGAAAAUAAAUAUUUAAAAAAAAAUCAAGAUCAACAAGAUCCACUAAUGGAGCUUUCAAUACCAAUUGAUGAUGUUGAUGAGAAAUUAAUGGAGAAACAUGUUAUUGCAAUAUUACCCGAUGGUUCGGAAAUUUUCAAUGACGAUGAAGAUACAGUGAUUACAAUGGAUAAUAUACAAGAAAUUGACGAAUCAAAACUUAUGAAAGUUAAAGAAGAAUUAAAUGAGGUAAAACAUCAAAAGGAAUCAGAUUCACUUUACAAUUGCAGUAGUUGUUCAAUGAGUUUUAAUUCAGUAUUGGAUCAUAUAAAAGAAUUUCACGAUGGACAGGAAGUGGUUUUGGAAAUGGCUGAUCAACAAUAUGAGGAAUUAACAACGCCAAUAAUACCAAUUGAAACAGAGGAGCCAAUAGCAACAGCAAAAACAAGACGUUCACGUCAAACAAUGAAUACACUUAGAACUGAGGAAUGCAUUGACAGUGAGGGUAGACUUUACACACGAAAAGUUGUGCAAAUUGAAAGAUUUUGGGAUCAAUCACAACAACAGCAACAAAUAUUGCAACAAUCACAAACAACGUCUGCGCCAAAAUCAUCAAUGAUUGAGAAAUUUUUUUCUAAUGCCGAAGGCGUCAAGGUGAGAGAUAAAGUGGGAACAUCAUCGACAUCAGGAACGGCAAAUCGAAUUUAUCGUUGUACAGAAUGUUUAGAGCAUUUUCCAAAAUUAUCAGAAUUUCGCACUCACACUUGUUCGCAGGGUAAUAAAAAUUGUGAAAUUUGUGAUUUAUCAUUUGCCAAUUUAAAAGCCCUACAAUUACAUAUGAAAGUACAUGAAAUGGAAAUUGAUGGCAAUCAAUCGCGUACAUUUAUUUGUGGUAUUUGUGGUACUGAAUUUGCAACGCAUAAAAGUUUACGAUUACAUUCGAGAAUGCAUGCACCGGUAAGAUCGAGACACGUUGACGCUCCCGAAGGCACUAAGGAUUCCACUUUCACCUGUUUUGAGUGCGGAAAAACAUUUUCUGAAUCGUAUAGAGCAGUUCAUAUGGCAUUACACAGUGGCGAUUCAGCGACAUGUCCAAUUUGUAAUCGUAAAUUUGAUUCAAUGGAUAGUUUAACAAUGCACGCGGCAGUUCAUCUUGACACGAAUAAUUCACAAUCACCGCCACCAAUUGAAUCGACAGCAACAACAUCGUCGGCAACUGAAUCGAAUGCUAAUAAAAAUUCUACGUCAAUUGCCGAAAGUGAAACUAUACAAAUUCAAAAACCCUAUCAGUGUCAACAUUGCGGUAGAAGAUUCACGCGUCCUCAUGAAAAAGUCAAACACGAACGUAUUCACACUGGAGAAAAGCCACACGCAUGCGAGGUCUGUGGAAAAACGUUUCGCGUCUCUUAUUGUUUGACAUUGCAUAUGAGAACACACACUGGCGUUCGUCCCUAUGCAUGUCAACAUUGUGGCAAAAGAUUUAAAGCAUCAUCAGUUUAUAAUCAUCAUUUAUUAACUCACGGCGAUGUACGCGCUUAUAAUUGUCCAUUUUGUCCAAAAACAUUUAAAACACGCGUACAAUUGGCUGGUCAUAAAAAUAGUCAUACAAAACCAUUUCAUUGUACUGAAUGUUCACGGCCAUUUGCAUCGCUUUAUGCCGUUAGAGCACAUAUUGAAACUCAUAAAAAGGAUAAUAAUUUGAAAUUUAGUUGUUAUAUUUGUGGCGCAUCUUAUGGACGUGCAUUUGCAUUAAAAGAUCAUUUAAAACAACAUGGCGGAAGUGAAAUACAACAAACACCGGAACCAGCGCGCGAAGAAGAAGUACAAGAGGUGGAGGAAUUUAUAUUGGCCGAUGAGGAUGAUGAAGAAGAGGAAACGGAAAUUGAUAAUGAAGAACUUGUUGUACCAAGUCCAUUGCCAAUAAGACAAAAUUCCGCCGAGUCUGAUUAAAAAUUUUAAAAAAUAGAUUAAAUACUAGUCGAUAAUUGAAAAUUUAUGUUUUUUUUUUCUCAAUUUUCAAAAAAUGGUUCGAUUCUCGUCUAGUUGAAAAAAAAAAGUUUCUGUUUUGUUAAUUUAAUUUUUUUUCAAGUUUCGUUUCUUAUC